CGGAAGUCCACUUCUGUUUCGAAGCGGCUCGUUGCCCUCUCGGCGUGGGUCUGUGCGCUUUAUUUACUGAUUGGCUCAGUUUUAACAACGUUUCCGGGUGCUGCUAAAGGCUAAUGUCCUUCCUGGCGCCGUUGAACAGUCUCGUGCGGUUGUCUGUGAGCAGCACGUGCGCGCGCUAGUGCGGGCCGGCAGGAAGGGGCGGCGGAGGCGGGAAGGAGGAGCUGCUGCUGCGGUGCUUCUCUGUGUUCACGGCGCUCCAUUUCCUUGUCUUCCCCUGCGGCCUCGUCUCACCUCCCCGGGACGGCAAACUUCUGCUAACCCUAAAAAUGUACCGGUGCUUCGGAGAGCUACUCACCCGGGCAGCGGGCGGCGUCCUGGCCGCUGCCGCUGACUCGGCUCUCCCAGCGUCUACGUCCCUGCUGCGGUACCGCGGCUACAGCCAGGCCGUGGACCCAGACGAUGAUCCAAACUUCUUCACCAUGGUGGAGGGCUUCUUCGACAAGGGCGCCGCUAUCGUGGAGGACAAGCUGGUGGAGGACCUGAAGACUCGAGAGACCCCCGAGCAGAAGAGAAACCGGGUCCGCGGGAUCCUGAGGAUCAUCAAGCCGUGUAACCACGUACUGAGCGUCAGCUUCCCCAUCAAGAGAGACAGCGGAGAGUGGGAGGUGAUCGAGGGCUACCGGGCUCAGCACAGCCAACACCGGACGCCCUGCAAGGGAGGUAUCCGUUACAGCACAGACGUGUCUGUGGACGAGGUGAAAGCUCUGGCCUCGCUGAUGACCUACAAAUGUGCCGUCGUAGAUGUGCCGUUUGGUGGAGCCAAAGCUGGAGUGAAGAUCAACCCAAAGAAAUACUCAGACACCGAGCUGGAGAAAAUAACCAGGAGGUUUACCAUCGAGCUCGCCAAGAAGGGCUUUAUCGGGCCCGGUAUCGACGUUCCUGCUCCGGAUAUGAGCACCGGGGAGCGGGAGAUGUCCUGGAUCGCCGACACCUUUGCCACCACAAUGGGACACCGUGACAUUAACGCUCACGCCUGCGUCACCGGGAAGCCCAUCAGUCAGGGGGGAAUCCACGGCCGCAUCUCCGCCACCGGCCGUGGGGUCUUCCACGGCAUCGAGAACUUCAUCAAUGAGGCGUCCUACAUGAGCCAGCUCGGGAUGUAUCCCGGUUUCCAGGACAAGACCUUCGUCAUCCAGGGUUUCGGGAAUGUGGGUCUUCACAGCAUGCGCUACCUUCACCGCUUUGGAGCAAAGUGCGUCGGAGUCGGAGAACUGGACGGAAGCAUCUGGAACCCCAAAGGCAUCAACCCCAAAGAGCUGGAGGACUACAAACUGGCCAACGGGACCAUUGUGGGUUUCCCGGACUCGACGCCGUAUGAAGGAAGCAUCCUGGAGGCCGACUGCGACAUCCUGAUCCCCGCCGCCAGCGAGAAACAGCUGACCAAGAGCAACGCCCACAAGAUCAAGGCCAAGAUCAUUGCAGAGGGAGCCAACGGGCCGACCACACCUGAAGCCGACCGCAUCUUCCUGGAGAGGAACGUCCUGGUGAUCCCGGACAUGUACCUGAACGCUGGCGGUGUGACCGUCUCCUACUUCGAGUGGUUGAAGAAUCUGAACCACGUCAGUUACGGUCGACUCACCUUCAAGUACGAGCGUGACUCCAACAACCACCUGCUGAUGUCGGUCCAGGAGAGUUUAGAGAGGAAGUUUGGGAAGCAUGGCGGCUCCAUCCCCGUUGUCCCCACCUCUGAGUUCCAGGCUCGGAUCGCUGGAGCGUCUGAGAAGGACAUCGUUCACUCGGGUCUGGCCUACACCAUGGAGCGCUCCGCCCGGCAAAUCAUGCGAACGUCCAAUAAGUACGACCUGGGUUUGGACCUGCGGACGGCGGCGUACGUCAACGCCAUCGAGAAAGUGUUCAAGGUUUACAACGAGGCCGGCCUCACCAUCACGUAGACCCGCCUCCAUCCACCUGUCCGUCUGCUCGUCCGUCCUUCAUCUCCGACACUUCAGAGUUUAGUUUCCACGGCAGCAGCAACAUGAAAUGUGGGUCUGAGUCUCUGCAGCCCCCCCACCCCCCACCCGUGUUUAAAAUGAAAUAAACCAAAGAAACUUGCGGUCACAGCGUCUGACCGACCGCAGACUGGCCAAAAAUAUGUGGACACCCCUGCCACACAGAUGAUUGAUGCUUAGAGUCCAAAAGGUGUGUGGUGACGUGGAGGAGCAUUUCAGGUCGUUUAAACAGACGACAGACGCACUUCCUACUGUGAUGUGUCCUGAAAGACCUGAGCAGGUGGAUGGAUGAAUAUUUUUGGGUUUGAACUCUUUGAAUUUAGCGAUAAAAAUCAAAAAUCAUAAACAUUUCUGAGUAGGGGUGCACAAACGGUGGCUUUAAUUAUCAGAAUGAAUGUUGGGAAAAACUUCUAAGAAAAGCUGCAAUCACUGAAUAAACAGAAACCUGAUUUAUUGUUAAAGAGCUGCAGAUGAAAUCCAUUUUUUUUCUCAUUUGUUCUCUAAAAUGUGGGAAAAACCCAAACGUUCUCUUUCAGGCUGGGUCUUCAGUAGAACCGCUGUCCCGCACGGCUCGGGUUAGAGCCGACGGGUUUCCCGGCUCGGCACACUGAUGGAAACCUUAAAGAUGGUGACGGGAAGUCUCCCCCAGAGGAGCUGGAGGUGCUUCAGCCUCUGUGACGUCAGCUAUGAGCUCAGCUCUGCUUCUUCUUCGCGUAAAGACGCUUCUGAGCAGCAUAAACCCGAUCACUGCCUCAGUCCAGUAGGUGGAGUUUCCCUCUGUACGCGCACUCUGACCUCGUUAGUUUACUGGAAACUGUUUCCAUCCCCUUUCCAGAGCUGCAGCUUCUCCCUCCUCACUCUUUAUUAAAAAGGGAAAUUUAAAAUUCACCCGAAAGCCUGCUGAGCACGAACGUCAGCAGUCAAAGGUUUAACAAAGCUGGACUUGGAUAAUCUCAGGUUUACUGGCGUCCUUCCUCACAGCUGAUCCUUACGUUUCGUGCUUUUUUAAAUUAACUCCACGUUUGGCUUCCUCAAACUUUUCAUCUGAACUCUCAGAAACUUUCUGUAACAACUCAAACAUACAGACUUCCUGCGCCCUCCUCAGCACAGCGCCCCCUGGCUGCGUGUCUGAAAUCUCCCGUUUUUAAAAUAAGUCCAGCUCAGUAAAUAAAUGCUUUUUCCAGUUUUAUAGUGGAGGGACCAUCUGCUGCUGCAAACACUGAACUCAGAUCAGCUCACUAAUGGGUGUCCACAUAUUUCUGACCACAUGUUGCUUUUCCUCUUCCUGUGCGAUGCCGUGCACGUGCCUCAGGACUGUAGCGCUGACGUUUCUCUGCCUUUGGGCCCAGAGCUGCUUCAGUAAAGGACUGUUCUGGUGUUUUUCUCUAUUUACAGAGCAAUAAAUGCAAACUCCUGUUUACUGCCGUCAGAGCUUUGCCUUAAAACCUGCAGUUUCAUACAAAUGUGUGAUUCAUAGCACGUUAUGUGGAGUUACACACAGAGAAAAGGGAUUCUCACAUAUUAUAUUCUCUCAUUAUAUUCUCACAGAUGAGCUGCUUCCAGAGCGAGAGUCCCAAAAACGUACCAAAUAUUAGUUUUCACUGUUUUUGUUCUUUAAAUGUUGAAAUCUGUAGAUGAAUUUUUAAAGAUUAAACCUUUAGCUGCAGCCAGGUUUUGUGCACAUUUUCAGUUUGCACAUAAAAACAAAUAUUUAUUAAAAAAAGUUGAAAUAUCACAAGUUUGUUUUUGUCAAAUGAGGGAAAGUUUACCAAUAAAAUAAAGUGUGAGUGCCUCCCCCUGGUGCGAGGACUCGGAUGAUUUAAAGUUUCGGAGGACGUCCGUUUCAUUCCAGCUUCUUUUUUUAUUUUCAGUUUAUUAAAAAUUACAAAAUAAAAUCUUAAUAAAUCA